AUGGACUUCGUUGUAGACUAUCAAACCUACGCAAUGGCAGAUGCUGCCACGUCUGAAUUACCAGAACCGGAGCCAAGAUUAAAUUUAACCUCAGAUGCACAAUCGCAGCCCGCCGGUAAAGUCGGUCUACAGUUUAAGUUGCCCGAUCUAGAACAUCAUGCCAAUAAUCAUACGAAUUUGGCAAUAGAGAAUGAUGGCGCUGGUUCGAAAGACCUACAUAAAAGAAUGACACAUUACGCGAUGUCUUCCAUUGAAAAAAUACAACUUUCAAAUCCAAACAAACAUUUAGGACAAAAUUCCCCGAAUGACAAAUUACCGCAGCAAGAGGCUCAAAAUUUCACGAAUUACGAGUCAAAUAACCUUGAUUUAUCAAAAUUAGUAUCUACGUCAAAUGGUUCGAAUAAAAAUACCACAAAUCUGGUUCUGUCGAAUAAACUGUCAAAAAUAUUGAACAAUUAUACAUUGAUCAAUUACCAGGCCACAAUCCAGCUAAGAAAAUCAUUAAAGAUUUUAGAAGAGAAUAAAGAGAGAUUGUCUCUUGAUGAGCAGAAACUCAUGAAUCCGGACUAUGUGGGUACUUUGGCAAGAAGGGCAUUAAGGACUGAUUUGGAAUCUCAACUACUAAAGGAACACAUUACGGUACUCGAGGAAUUCAAACCCAUCAUCAGAAGAAUUAAACGAUUCUCCUCUUCCGUCGAAAAAAUACAAAAAACGAGCGAAAAUUUACUAAGUAAUGAGACGGACAAGGUUCCAAAAAACAACGUGGCACUUCAGGAAAUAAAUCAAUAUCGCUUAAAGGCAGAUCAGUUGAAGUUGAAAAAAAAAAUACUAAUAUCUAUAAGAGAUAGAUUCACUUUGAAUCAGAUAGAGGAUGAUGUAAUCACCAAUGGUACUAUAGACAAGACCUUUUUCGAUGUAGUAAGGAAAGUGAUCGCUAUCAAAGAUGAAUCAAGUUUCUUGCUGACACUCCCUAAUUUAAAUGCUGGGAAUGCCUUAAUUGUGGGAGUUAAUGAAAUUUUACAAAAGACGAACAAAAAAAUCUUCAAUUAUUUGAUCGAUUUUUUAUAUAGUUUUGAAUCGUCUUCAAAUUUAUUAAAUGACCAUGGUACCACUGAACAAGAAAACUUAACCAUUUUCCGGAAGAGUUUGGUUUUCCUUUCAAGUGAUUUAGAAUUAUUCAAUGAAUUGUUGAAAAGAGUGACCACCUUAAGGUCCAAGAGUAUUCUAGAUGAAUUUUUGUCCCAGUUUGAUAUGAAUUCAGCUACCUCUAAGCCCAUCAUACUGUCGGCACACGAUCCAAUUAGGUAUAUUGGUGACGUACUGGCGUCGGUUCACUCAAUCAUUGCAAAUGAAGCUGAUUUUGUUAAGUCAUUAUUUAACUUCCAGGAUGAAGAUUUAAAAGAUACGCCACUUUCUAUACUUCAACAAAACGGGACAUUCUUGAACGGUAUCGACAACAAACUACUGAACGAUAUCAUCCAGUCACUAUCCAAUUCAUGUCGUAUUCGUAUUGAGCAGAUCGUGAGGUUUGAAGAAAAUCCAAUCAUCAAUUUCGAAAUUGUUAGGCUAUUGAAACUCUAUAGAGUUAUGUUUGAAAGGAAGGGCAUUCAGGAUGAUAGUUCUAUCAUUAAUAAUUUACAAUCGUUAGAAGACAUUUCCAAACACAGAAUUAUUGGAUACUAUGAGGAUUAUAUAAAGCAAACAGUUCCCACGGAAACAGCAAAUUCUUCAGAUGAUUUACUGCCACCAGAGUGGCUCUCAGAGUAUAUAAAUAAAUUAGUGGAAUUAUUUGAAAUUUAUGAAAAGACACAUGCGGCCGAAGAUGAGGAAUCAGAAGAUAAUAAAUUGCUCUCAUAUAAGAACUUACAGACAAUUGUAGAACAACCAAUAAAAGGUAUUUUAAUGAAACAAUUGCUAGCAUCUUUUCCUUUGGCGAAGAAAAAUGAAAAAGUAAAGGCAUCACUGCUGACCAUAGAGAUAAACUGUCUUGAUUUGAUUAAAUCUAGACUUCAACCUUUUGAGGGGAUCUUUGCACAAGAUGAUGAUAGUCGGGAAAUUACUAACUGGGUUUAUGAUAAACUGAAUGAGUUUACUAAGCAAAUGCAGACUUUACAAAUAAAGUUUCUGUUUGAAAAUACAGGUUUGGACCUUUACAAUAAUUUGGUUAAUAUGAUAUUCCCCGUGGACUCGGUAAAGGAUGAGUUGGAUUACGAUAUGUACCUGGCCCUGAGGGAUAAUUCAUUAAUGGAAUUAGACACGAUCAGAAAAAAUGUACAUGACAAAUUGAACGAUUAUCUACCUCAGGCACUGACAGAUGUUCAAGGUAAUUUAUUAUUUAAAUUAACUUCACCGACGAUAGCUGAUGAAAUAUGUGAUGAAUGUUUCAAGAAAUUAUCGUUAUUCUAUAACAUCUUCAGGAAGGUGUUGGUUCACUUGCAUCCGAACAAGAAGGAUCAGGUAUUUGAAAUUUUGAAUUUUUCAACUGAUGAAUUUGACAUGUUGGUGGGUAUCGAUCACUGA